GCCCUGGGCGGCAGCAGAAGCAGCUGCUGCCCCAGCCCCAGCGCAUCGCCGGCUCCCAGGGAAGCGCGCUGCGCCCACGGGGCGCGCUGAGCGCGCAACAAGUGGUACCCGAGGUAGCCUGGCUGUCCUCCCAGCGAGAUGCUGAACCAUGGAGCCGCACUGGCCUUGUGGAUCACGCUGAGCCUCCUGCAGGCUGGACUGGCAGAGCUAGAGAGAUGUAACUUCACACUGUUGGAGUCCAAGGUCUCAAGCUUGUCAGCGUCUAUCCAGUGGAGGACUUUGGGGUCACCCUGUAACUUUAGCCUCAUCUACAACAGCGAUACCUCAGGGCCCGCGUGGUGCCACCCCAUUCGGAUAGACAACGUCACCUAUGGAUGUAACCCCGAGGAUUUACAAGCAGGAACCAUCUACAACUUCAGGAUUGUCUCUCUGGACGGAGAAGAGAGAGCUCUGGUCUUACAGACAGAUCCCUUGCCUCCUGCUAGGUUUGAAGUCAACCCCAAGAAGACAACUUCAACUACCCUGCAGGUGCGGUGGACCCCUUCUUCUGGCAAAGUCACCUGGUACGAGGUGCAACUGUUGGAUGAUGACAGUCAAAAGCUACAAGAGGUCCAAGUUCAAGAAAGUAACCCAUGGAGCCAAUACACCUUUUUGAACCUCACUGCUGGUAGUAAUUACAGAAUCGCCGUCAUGGCUGUUUCUGGAGAAAAACGUUCCUUCCCCGUGUAUACCAAUGGGUCAACAGUACCAUCUCCAGUGAAAGAUAUUGGCAUUUCCCCCAGUCCUAAUUCUCUCCGAAUUUCCUGGUCUCGUGGCUCUGGCAAUGUGGAACAGUACAGGCUGGUGCUCAUGGAUAAAGGGACCUUAGUUCAAGACAGGACUGUGGACAAGCAUGAUUCUUCGUACGCUUUUCAUGGACUGACCCCUGGACACCUCUACAACCUCACUAUUAUCACCAUGGCCUCAGGACUCCAAAACUAUAGGUGGAAACCAGUGAGGACGGCUCCUAUGGAAGUCUCAGAUCUGAAGGUGACAAAUGAUGGCAGUCCGACCUCUCUGAAAGUCAAGUGGCAAAAACCUCCUGGAGAUGUAGAUUCCUACAACAUUACCCUGUCUUACCAAGGGACCAUUGAAGAAUCCAAAACGUUAGCGCCCCGUGUUACUGAAACUCAAUUUAAAGACUUAGUUCCUGGACGGCUUUACCAAGUUACCAUCAGCUGCAUCUCUGGUGAACUGUCGGCUCAGAAGAUGACGAUGGGCAGAACAGUUCCAGAAAAAGUGAGGAAUCUGGUUUCAUACAACGAGAUUUGGAUGAAGUCCUUCGCCGUGAACUGGACGCCCCCUGCUGGAGAUUGGGAGCACUAUCGUAUCCUGCUCUUCAAUGACUCCUUGGCGCUGCUCAACGCCACUGUGGGGAAGGAGGAAGCCCACUUUGUCAUGGAUGGUGUGGAGCUCAUACCAGGAAGACAGUAUGAGGUGGAAGUCAUUGUUGAGAGUGGAAACCUGAGGAAUUCUGAGCGCUGCCGAGGCAGGACAGUCCCCCUGGCUGUCCUCCAGCUUCGUGUCAAACAUGCCAACGAAACAUCACUGGCCAUCACGUGGCAGGCCCCCGCAGGUGAAUGGGAGAAAUACAUCAUUUCACUGACUGACAGAGACCUCUUAGUCAUCCACAAAUCACUCUCCAAAGAUGCCAAAGAAUUCACCUUUAUGGACCUGAUCCCCGGACGAAAUUACAAGGCUACCGUCACCAGUAUGAGUGGAGAUUUAAAACAGUCAUCUUCAACAAGAGGAAGAACGGUGCCUGCCCAAGUGACUGACUUGCAUGUUACCAACCGAGGGAUGGCCAGUAGUCUUUUCACUAACUGGACAAAGGCCUUAGGAGAUGUAGAGUUCUACCAAGUGUUACUGAUCCAUGAAAAUGUGGUCAUCAAAAACGAGAGCGUCUCCAGUGAGACCAGCAGAUACAGUUUCCACGCCCUGAAAUCCGGCAGCCUCUACUCGGUGGUGGUGACCACGGUGAGCGGAGGCAUCUCUUCCCGACAGGUGGUGGCGGAAGGAAGAACAGUCCCUUCCAGUGUGAGUGGAGUAACAGUCAACAACUCUGGCCGUAAUGAUUACCUCAGUGUUUCCUGGCUGCCAGCGCCUGGAGAUGUGGAUAACUAUGUGGUGACCCUCUCCCAUGAUGGCAAGGUGGUUCAGUCCCUCAUCAUUGCCAAGUCUGUGAGUGAGUGUUCCUUCAGCUCCCUCACCCCAGGCCGCCUCUACAAUGUGACCAUAACCACCAGGAGUGGCGAUUACGCAAGUCACGCCUUCAGCGAAGAACGGACAGUGCCUGACAAAGUCCAGGGAAUCAGCGUCAGCAACUCUGCCAGGAGUGACUACUUAAAGGUGUCCUGGGUCCAUGCCACCGGAGACUUCGACCACUAUGAAGUCACCAUCAAAAACAAAAACAGCUUCGUUCAAACCAAAAUCGUUCCGAAGUCAGAAAACGAGUGUGUAUUUGUUCAGCUCAUCCCUGGACGCCUGUAUAGUGUCACAGUCAGUACCAAAAGUGGACAGUAUGAAGCUAGUGAACAAGGGAAUGGAAGAACAAUCCCAGAGCCUGUGAAGGACCUCAAACUUCUCAACAGGAGCACCGAAAACCUCCAUGUGACUUGGUCACUAGCCAAUGGGGACGUUGACCAGUAUGAGGUUCAGCUGCUCUUCAAUGAUAUGAAGGUCUUUCCUCCUAUUCACCUUGUGAACACUGCAACUGAGUAUCAGUUCACCGCCCUCAUACCAGGGCGCCAUUACAAAAUCCUUGUCCUGACCAUCAGUGGCGAUGUUCAGCAGUCAGCCUUCAUUGAGGGCCUCACGGUUCCCAGUACUGUCAAAAAUAUUCACAUUUCUGCCGACGGAACCACAGAUAGAUUGAUGGUAACCUGGACCCCUGGUAGUGGAGAUGUUGACUCCUAUGUGGUAUCAGCGUUCAGGCAGAAUGAGAAGGUUCAGUCUCAGACUAUCUCUAAGCACGUCUCAGAGCACACUUUUCACAGGCUGGAAGCCGGGGCCAAGUACAGGAUCGCCAUUGCUUCUGUCAGUGGGUCCCUGAGUAACCAGAUAGAUGCGCCCGGGCAGACAGUCCCCGCGUCUGUCCAGGGAGUCACUGCAGACAAUGCCUACAGCAGUAACUCCUUAACGCUAAGUUGGCAGAAAGCUGUCGGUGUGGCGGAAAGAUACGAUAUCCUGCUUCUAAAUGAGAAUGGGGUUCUCCUGAGCAACACGUCGGAGCCGGCUACCGCUAAGCAGCACAAAUUUGAAGAUCUGACGCCGGGCAAGAAAUACAAGAUGCAGAUCCUCACUGUCAGCGGAGGCCUCUUCAGCAAGGAAGCCCAGGCUGAAGGCCGAACAGUCCCGGCGGCUGUCACCAAUCUGAAGAUCACAGAGAACUCCACGAGACACCUGUCCUUCAGCUGGACUGCCUCGGAGGGUGAGCUCAGCUGGUACAACAUCUUUCUGUACAACCCAGACAAAACUCUUCAGGAAAGAGCUCAAGUUGACCCGUUAGUCCAGAGCUUCUCUUUCCAGAACUUGCUACAAGGCCGGAUGUACAAGAUGGUGAUUGUUACGCACAGUGGGGAGCUGUCCAAUGAGUCCUUUAUAUUCGGCAGAACAGUCCCAGCUGCCGUGAACCAUCUCAAAGGAUCCAAUCGGAACAUGACAGACAGCCUUUGGUUCAGCUGGAGCCCAGCCUCUGGGGACUUUGAUUUCUAUGAGCUGAUUCUCUACAAUCCCAAUGGCACAAAGAAGGAAAACUGGAAAGACAAGGGCCUGACAGAGUGGCGCUUUCAAGGUCUCGUUCCUGGAAGGAAAUACACGCUGUGUGUGGUGACUCACAGUGGGGACCUCAGCAAUAAAGUCACAGGGGAGGGCAGGACAGCCCCAAGUCCCCCCAGUCUUUUGUCAUUUGCUGAUGUUGCAAACACUUCCUUGGCCAUCACCUGGAAGGGGCCCCCAGACUGGACAGACUACAGUGACUUUGAGCUGCAGUGGCUCCCCCGAGAUGCACUUACUGUCUUCAACCCCUACAGCAACAGAAAAUCAGAAGGACGCAUUGUGUAUGGGCUUCGCCCAGGGAGAGCCUAUCAGUUCAGCGUCAAGACUGUCAGUGGAGAUUCCUGGAAAACAUACAGCAAACCAAUCUCUGGCUCUGUGAGGACGAAGCCAGACAAGAUACAAAACCUGCAUUGCCGCCCCCAGAACUCGACAGCCAUUGCUUGUUCCUGGGUACCACCUGACUCCGACUUCGAUGGUUACAGCGUUGAGUGCCGAAAAAUGGAUACCCAAGAAAUCGAGUUUUCCAGAAAGCUGGAGAAAGAAAAAUCUCUCCUCAACAUCAUGAUGCUUGUGCCUCAUAAGAGGUACUUGGUGUCCAUCAAGGUGCAGUCAGCCGGUGUGACCAGUGACGUGGUUGAAGACAGCACCAUCACUAUGAUAGACCGCCCUCCCCCACCACCUCCGCACAUUCGUGUGAAUGAGAAGGAUGUGCUGACCAGCAAGUCUUCCAUCAACUUCACCGUCAACUGCAGCUGGUUCAGCGACACCAACGGAGCUGUGAAAUACUUCGCGGUGGUGGUGAGAGAGGCUGACGGUAUGGAUGAGCUAAAGCCAGAACAACAGCACCCUCUCCCUUCCUACCUGGAAUACAGACACAACACCUCCAUUCGAGUCUACCAGACCAAUUAUUUUGCCAGCAAGUGUGCGGAAAGUCCCGACAGCAGUUCUAAGAGUUUUAACAUUAAGCUUGGAGCGGAGAUGGACAGCCUUGGCGGCAAAUGUGAUCCCAGUCAGCAGAAGUUCUGUGAUGGACCACUGAAGCCGCACACCGCCUACAGAAUCAGCAUCCGGGCCUUUACACAGCUAUUUGACGAGGACUUGAAAGAGUUCACAAAGCCUCUCUACUCAGAUACAUUUUUCUCUUUGCCCAUCACCACUAAGUCAGAGCCCUUGUUCGGGGUCAUCGAAGGUGUGAGUGCUGGCCUGUUUCUAAUUGGCAUGCUGGUGGCCCUUGUGGCCUUCUUCAUCUGCAGACAGAAAGUCAACCAUGGCCGGGAAAGGCCAUCUGCCCGCCUGAGCAUUCACAGGGAUCGGCCUUUGUCUGUCCAUUUGAAUCUGGGCCAGAAAGGCAACCGGAAAACUUCUUGCCCCAUAAAGAUAAAUCAGUUUGAAGGGCAUUUCAUGAAGCUGCAGGCGGACUCCAACUACCUUCUAUCCAAGGAAUAUGAGGACUUAAAAGACGUGGGUCGAAACCAGCCAUGUGACAUUGCUCUCUUGCCUGAGAACAGAGGGAAAAAUCGAUACAACAACAUAUUGCCCUAUGAUACCUCAAGAGUGAAGCUGUCCAACGUAGACGAUGACCCAUGCUCUGACUACAUCAAUGCCAGUUACAUCCCCGGUAACAACUUCAGAAGAGAAUAUAUCGCCACGCAGGGACCGCUUCCUGGCACCAAGGAUGACUUCUGGAAAAUGGCGUGGGAACAAAACGUUCACAACAUCGUCAUGGUGACCCAGUGUGUUGAGAAAGGCCGAGUGAAGUGUGACCAUUAUUGGCCUGCAGACCAGGACUCCCUCUACUAUGGGGAUCUCAUCCUGCAGAUGGUCUCAGAGUCCGUGCUACCCGAGUGGACCAUCCGAGAAUUUAAGAUAUGCAGUGAAGAACAGCUGGAUGCACACAGACUCAUCCGUCACUUUCACUACACGGUGUGGCCAGACCAUGGGGUCCCAGAGACCACCCAGUCCCUGAUCCAGUUUGUGAGAACGGUCAGGGAUUACAUCAACAGAAGCCCGGGGGCCGGGCCCACCGUAGUACACUGCAGUGCUGGUGUGGGCAGAACCGGGACAUUCGUUGCCUUGGACCGGAUCCUCCAGCAGUUGGACUCCAAGGAUUCUGUGGACAUUUAUGGAGCAGUGCAUGACCUAAGACUUCACAGGGUUCACAUGGUUCAGACUGAGUGUCAGUACAUCUAUCUGCAUCAGUGCGUGAGAGACGUCCUCAGAGCUAGGAAACUGCGGAAUGAACAAGAAAACCCCCUGUUUCCUAUCUACGAAAACGUGAAUCCAGAGUAUCACAGAGAUGCAAUCUACUCGAGACAUUAAGGUUGCACCUGCAGAUGCCCUGGAUUAAAGUUUUUCACUGUGUGACUUUUAAAAACCAGACCUUGCUUCACGCCCUGCGGAGGUGCCAGCUAUUUCUGUUGAUACUAUGUAUAAUUUAUUAAUCUGGAGAAUGUUAAAGAAUUUAUGUAAUUUAAAGGUAACAGAUAUUAUUGUAUAUACUUGUAUUUUGUAGUUUCUCUUGUAAAUAUGUAUUUUUCAUAAUGUUUAAUAUUGAGCUUUAUAUAAUAGUAUUUUUCCACACUAAAGUGUUCAUGGCUUGUUCUGCAUAAACUGAUUCAACCUGUAUGACAGGGCCACCGGUGAAAUGUGUGUAGAGAAAGCGGCAAGGACAAUCCCUGGGUCUGUGUUUCUUGCCUAGGUUGAUAUCCACGGGGUAAGCAAAGGACAGAGCUGGAGAGAGCAUACCAUAAGGCUAGCUUUGCCAAGCUGCUGCCUUGCUAAUGAACCCUGGGAUCUAAAGGCUGUAACCGUCAAAGGAAGAUUAGGGCUGUGGCUACACCUUGGUGGUAGAGCAUAUGCCAAGAAAUUAAAAGUAAAUUCAAGAACUGGAGGACUAGACAGCACCAAAGCUGAGCUAGGUGUUUUUGUCUAAACUGGAAGCUUUUUAUCUGAAUCCUCCCAGGGUUACAAGCCAUGGUCAGCUCCAGGACCUUGAAACUUGCGGUGACUGCAGGGUUGAGGGCUCUGGUAGAGAAUGAGACCAACAGAUGAGACCUCGUGACAAUCAGUAAUGCCAGGUGUCCCUCGGACUGGAACCUCCCACACAAAGCAGGGUGCAUCCCUGCGACAUUCGGGCUUGGUUUUCCUUUGGAGAGAGGGAUGGUGGUAGGUCACGCCCCUGAUUGAAGAAAGCGUGAUAUACCAACAAGUUCAUCGCAAUCUCUACAUCACAUAUAAUGAAAGAAAAAGUAAACAAUGCUUAAAAACAACAACAACCACCACCCAGCUGUGCUUAGUCUAAAAAUCUUUCAGAAGAUCUUUUUAAGUUGAUGCAGUUAAAAAUGUCAAAUACUUAUCUGAAUUAAUAUAAAUGGCAACACACACCCUACCAAUUAUCUUUAAGAUCCUUGCUUUACUUUGACUAUAAAAAUUCCAGUGAGUUAGAAAGUGGACAUUGUCAAAUCAAGGCCGGAUUUGAAGUUGAUAGAAACAGAGGAACAGUUCCUAAGGAUCCCUGUAAACAGCAGUGAGGACUAGGGGUUCUCUCAGUGUCACUGUGCUCUGCGCCCUUGAGAAAAUGGCACUGUUAGGCUCUGAUCCUGUAUCCAGAAAACCUUUUGGACAGGAAAAACAGGAGCCAGCUUGGGACAGGAAGAAGAGGUGUCAGCUUGAAGGUGUAUAACUAAGGAGAAAAUGGAGGUCAUACAUGGCAUUGGUGUGGUGUCUGUUAGGGAUCAUUUUUCUUAGAGGAAAAGAAAAAGCUAGGCUGAAGGAGCCGCUGUGAGGUGGCAUGCUUGUGUGGCCAUAUCCAGAGGUUCACACACACACACACACACACACACACACACACACACACACACACACCUCAAGCAAGAGGAAAACAGAAAAAGAGUUGUAAACUGAUGUUGCUUGGUGCAAAGUAUGUGGGUAACCUGAGAAGAGAGGUUUAUUUUCAGCUUUUUUUCAUUGAGAAAAGUCCCCAGCAAGUGCCUGGAACCUGUUAGGUGCUGUUGCAAAAUCUGUUUCUUUGUCCACCAAGAGUGCAUGAUGGCAGUGAAAUUAGCAUUGUGACUCCUUUGAAUGGAACUUAAGAGAGGGCCCAGGCGAGGCUAUGAGAGCACAGUGGUCACCUCCCUUAGGGUGCUCUGCUGCUAGCAAGUGCUGAAGCUGUUUCUGCUAGAUGCAGAAGAGAAAGCAAUUAAAAUUGCACAAACCAGAAAUUAUAACCACAAAGCAUCUGUACAUGUGUAACCAUAAAUGACACCUGCACACCCUCAAAGCAUUUGGGGGCAGAAUCGGAAUUACGGAAAUGAAUACAGCCACACAGCCAGGGAAAACCAUACAUUCAUUCACCUAUUGUCAUCUGUUUCGGGAAAUACUGAUUCCUCCUUCUCUAUACUAGUUUUAAACCCCCUUAGCAACAAAUAUUUCGCUAUGCAAUCUCUCUCUCUCCCAGGAAAAUGAAAUACAGAUCUAGUUGAUCCAUUCACUGAAUUUAGCAGACAGUCAGACUGGAAAUGUAGCUACUGGUAGAGUGUUUGCCUGGCCUGUGGGAGGCCCUGGGUUUAAUCUCAGGUACCACAAAAUAAGCAAGGAGAGAAACGAAAAGGUUUCUUUGCCAUUCGCUCCAUCGGAUGCAUCUCCCCUUAAUUGCAUCAUGUGGUUAUGCCUCGGUAAACACUCCGCUUCCUGUCUUGGCGGGCAUCCUGUCUGCACCUGAGCGCUGCUCUUUAAUCAGCAAAGCUUCAAAGUACUUCAAGGCUAUCAAAUCUUGAGAGUCUCUUUGGCAUCUUAAUAAUUAUUUACCCAGGUUCCUUAUAAUUAACUCCUUUAAUCUCUUCACAUUAAGUCCGUUUUACAUUAUCAUUCAGCUUUCCCCUGGAGAGCUGCCGACUUUUCCACUCUUGACACAUCUUCCCCCUCUGGACUUGCAAAUGUUCGUCCUGAGGAACUUCCCACCCUUUAGUGACCAAGUUCCUCUUUUCCACAGCCUACCCCUUCUUCCUAUUCGAUAGCUCCUGUGCCAAUGGGAUGUGACUUUAUCUUCUGUCCAUCUCAUCUCCCUUCACCCAUGGCUAACAUUUCAUAAGCUCAGUAUUAUAGACGAGUGAUCAAGACUUAAUUUUUUUCAACAUUAAAAUGGCAACAAUACAGCAAUUUGGGGUCAGUUAUAUUUAGGAGGCCCUGUAAUUAAUUUUGUUAUUACCUCUUGGAAGAGAGCCCAAAAUUAUAUGAGAAAAUAAUGUGAAACUGUUUAACAGAUGUCCAGCAACACAAAAAUAGGGCUCUCAUGUUACACUUCAUACUGUUUCUCUUAUCUUGGUGUUAAGGAUAUAACUUUUCAUAUUAAACACUUUCUGCUCCCAUUGCAAAAAAAAAAAAAAAGAUCUGCCAUGUACUAAAUUCUUGCUCAGUUAGUUUAUGGGCAUUUUGGAAGGUUGACUCCUUGAAGCUACUAAAUCUGUAUAUUUGCCUGAGAGUCCCAGCCAUGGAAGACGCUAGAAUUUUUGUUCACCCAAGCUGCACGGAGCAAACCUGACCACGCAACGAUGGAUAGGUAGUAAGUAAUUAGCUGCUUGGUUGUAGAAAGAGUUCAGAGGUUUUCCAAGUUCUGUUUCAUUGAAAAAAAAAUGAAUAUAACUGACCAGACAAGAGUGGUAAGAAGGCAUGAGCAGCCCUGGUGAGCAAGUUCACAUCCCCGAGGAGUCAACAGAGAAAUGGCGCACCUGCUUCAAUGCCCCGUUACCAUUCCGAAGUUUUUUUCAUCCGCGCUUCAGAAACGCAUCCAGUGUUGAAAGACGAUUUCACAGCCAAGGAAACUUUAGACCAUGAUUGCAGAGAGGAAGUAAAAUGAUGUAAGGAAGGGAGAACAUCGGAGAAGAGGUGAGCAACGUGAGCAUCAGGAAGACAGAAUGGCAUGUCUUCCUUCUUGGGUGGUUCUUUGAAAAUCUCGUCAUGUAUUUAUUUCUAUGAAGACAGAUGGAUUGACCAUUCUUUACCCCCAAAUCUGGAACUCAAAAUGCCCCAAAGUCGAAGGCUUUUUUGAGCACAGUAGGAUGCUCUGUAGCUGGCCUUGGGUGACGUGUCAGUCAGAACACGGGCACAUGAAAACUACCGUGUAAAGUUACCAUCAGCAAUGUGUACAGGGUAUAAGGGAGACAGAAAUGGAUUUCAUAUUGAGGGAUUCAUCCUCAGUAUUCACAUCAUAGCUACUCAAAUAGUCCAAAGUUAUUUUUAAAAUCAAACAGAUUCUGAUCACAAACAUUUCAGGUAAGGGAUCUUUGACCUGUGUUACUCUUGUUGGGAUUCACUGCGAUUUAGCUGAUUCAACAACUGAAUGGAUUCAUUUGGUUUUUGAAUGCACCAGGUGUGUGCCUAAGUUUCCAGGAUCUGUCACUGCAGACACAGCACCUUCGUGUCUUACAGUGCAGGGUAACUUUGAGAGUGUGGCCAUUUCAGUUGAAAUUCAGGGUGACAUUGGAUGCAGCCAUGAUAACAGAAAAAAAAAAAUCUGUUCUCUUCUAAAAAUGUGUCUAGCAGUGAAAACAUUUCUGGCUGAAAGAACACUUGACUUGUACGGAGGCUUCCUUGGAAUAAAUGUAUGCUUUAUAUUUUUUUAAGGAUUGUUUAUAUAGAUAACAUUCAUCAAAUAAGGAAAUUAUUGAUGAGUGCUCCCAAAGUAGAAGUUUAUGUAAUGGAAAUUAAAGAUAUAUUAAAAGAUUUACCAAAGAUUAGUUUUUUUUUUUUUUUUGGUUUUUGGAGACAGGGUUUCUCUGUGUAGCUUUGCGCCUUUCCUGGGACUCGCUUGGUAGCCCAGGCUGGCCUCGAACUCACAGAGAUCCGCCUGGCUCUGCCUCCCGAGUGCUGGGAUUAAAGGCGUGCGCCACCACCGCCCGGCCUAAAGAUUAGUUUUUAAUGGAUAUACCAAUGUACUUGAUUUUUUUUUUUUUUUUUUUUUUUUUAUAAAACACCAAAGUAAGUCUUUUCAAAGCUGUGAAUCAUGUCAGACAAAUGUAAUGUGUCCCUUCUUAGAAUAGUCACGAGAAGGAUUAGUUUGGGCUGUUUUCUGCCUCAAGUAAUUUCUUUUAAGAAAUACCAUUCUUGCCCCGACAGCAAGCUUUUCCGUUAUGUCUGAGACGUAUUUUAAUAGCUAUGUGUGUAAAUAUGCGUUGCAUCGAGAAAGGAGCACCUACGAUUGUGGCUUCAGAAAUCUAGCAGAGCCGACCAACCUCCAUCUGCCAGUUAGCAGGAAGGUCUAGACCAGAAUUCAGAGUCUUUCUGAUCCCAACUACAUGGACAGGAGAAGGCAUCAAUGUCCCCACUUAAAGGGCACUUGGCCAAUGUUGGUGAGGCUCCUCGGGCUUAGAAAUUCUCCAAGAACAGAAAGCAAGCUUGUUUUCUCAACUUCCACUGGAUAGAGAAGAGUUCACACCUCGCCCAUACCCUGCCCGCAUAGUGUAGAGUGGAAGUUGCUCCUGGCUGUGUGCUUUGGAUGUUGGAUCGUGUCUGCUAGUCCUAAAGUCCGCAGAAGUGAAGCUAGCCGCUCCUACAUCUGUGUAAAGCAUAAUAUCUAGUGUAAAUAAAUCCAGCAGCUGAACUUAUUAUGUUCUAUAAUAGAGCACUUUCGUGGUUUCAAAAUCAUUUACAUGUUCUCUGCAAAUCUAGUUAAAAUGGCAAUAAAUCUAUUUUUUUCCAUACUAUAGCAUCUACCCACACUAUUGCAUUUGUAACCAGUGUUGUUUGAACAAAGAACCUCAUUGGUCUUUCCAUUUAAAUAAUGUAUGUGCUUAAUAUAUUUUCAGAUGUGUAAUGGUGGUUAAAAGAACCUAUCUGGAAUCUUGCACACACCCUCACCAACGUAGGAAUAAAACUGCUGCUUGUUGAAAGCGGG